GUAGUUCGGCGGAAUCAUGCGUCGCGUCGGUCAACGCUGAUGUAGUUGCCAUGGUGGGGAAGAUGGCGGAAGAUGUCAAGGAAGCGGGAGCAGCUCCAAGUAGCUCGUCGAAUCGAGAUGACAGUUCAGCACUUCCGCGACUUCUUACGUGCGAGAAUCUUUCGAGCUGGAUUCACUGCAUAUGUGUUGUUGCCUUUGACUUGGAGUUGGGCCAAGCGAUGGAGAUGGUGCUUCCGAGCGAUGCGCAACUUUCCGAAAAAGAGAAGAGCAGCAUCUGCUACCUGGCCUUUCCGGAUUCCAACUCGGGUUGCAUGGGGGACACCCAGUUCCAUUUCCGCAUCAGGCAGUGUGCACUGCCCCAGAGGCCACUCUGCCCUGCCCUGGUGGCAUACAAUGCCGCAGUCGCACCUGCUCUGCAGGCUGAUUCUGCCUAUUUCCACGGAUUUGUGUACUUUCGUCAGGUCAAGGACCCCAAUGUGCGCAGGGGAUAUUUUCAGAAGUCCCUUGUGGUGCUCACACGGCUGCCAUUGGUUGGUCUCUUCAGCCGUGUGCUCUCCCUCGUAGCUCAGGAAUACUUUCGCACGAGUCUGCCCAGUCUCGAGGCAGCCCUGCGGAACCUGGAGAGCUGGCCUGCACCCAUGCCAGGCCGUGCCCUCAGCCUGCCACUGCAUGGAGUGUCCCUGGAGGCUCGAAUCCCACCCCUGCAAGGCUUGUGCCGUACCCUAGGCCCACCUCCGGUCCAGCCAGGCCUGGAUCCAGUGCCCUCUGUGCACGAAGUGGACCUGUUUCGGUGCCUGAUGCCUUUGCUGUCUCACGUACAGCUUCUGUGGGAAUUGGUGCUAGUGUCAGAGCCCAUAGUUGUGAUGGCUUCAUCGCCUGCUGUGUGCUCAGAGACUGUGCUUGCGUUAGUAGGGCUAGUGUGGCCCCUGCGAUAUUGUGCAGACUACCGGCCUUUCUUCACAAUCCAUGACAGCGAGUUCAAGGAAUACACUGCGGGUUCACACUGCCUGCCCUCUGUGAUUUUGGGCGUCACCAACCCAUUCUUUGCCAAAACACUCCAGCACUGGCCUCAUGUGCUGCGACUUGGGGACGAUCCUCUACCUGAUUCUCCUCAGAAGCUCAAGAAAGCAGGUCAGCUACGGACGCUAGACAGCAAACCAGGCCUGUACACCCAGCACAAACCAUUGCUGCAAAAAGACAAGGUGCUUCUCAAGAAGCUGUCAAAGGGGGUGCAGACCAGGCGUCCGAGUGAAGUUCAGAGUGCCCUGCUCAAGCGUUACCUCCUUGAGCUCACGCAGAGCUUCAUGAUUCCCUUGGAACGCUACAUGGCCAGUCUGAUGCCGCUCCAGCGGAACAUCUCCCCAUACAAGGGCACACCAUCACUGAAACCCUUCAACCAAGAUGAUUUUCUUCGUAGUCUUGACACAGCUGGUCCUCAGCUGACAACUGGCAUUAAGGGUGACUGGGCAGCACUUUACAGGAGAUUUUUCAAAAGCAGCAACUUCAUAGGAUGGUACCAGGGACGCCGGAAAGAAGCCUCUCAGAAACUGCAGGCAUUGCACGCUGAAGCCAUUUCAGACGCCGAUUUGCUUCUCUGGACAAGGGACAAGGAGGAAGUGGAAGUUGUUGACCUGGUCCUCAGGCUAAAAGACAAGCUGGGGCUGCUGGGGUGGCCCUUAUACCUCCCAAAACUUGGGCUCGGAGUGCAGCACCUGAGGAGCCUGUGAAGCAUUUCCAAAGUGCUCAAGCCCCGCAUCUGCAGUGGUUGCUCACCAUCAGCUGCGAUUUGUCCAGGGACAAAAGGGACAAUGUUCUCAGAGGUGCAGGGAUACGGGCACACCGGCUCACAGACUACGAAAAGUUAAAUCAUGCGCAGGGCAAUUUCUUCACAAAAAAGGACUGCAUGCAUUCAUUUAACAAUAUGCCAUAUGGCAGCCCAUGUGGUAAAAAGAUAAUUGAGCUUAUUGGAUAGAUUUCCUUGUUAUAGCAGUGGUGAAACAAAACAUAUGCUACAAGGUGUGCACACUACUUUGCUUUGGAAUUUUCGUUUGUGCUUAGAAAAUACAUGAAGGCUGAUUAAAGAAGCGUAGGCUAAUUUUUCUUGUCUGUGCUAGAUAGCGACACAAUCUCAGAUAUUGGUUCAUGCAUUCAUAUAGAGGAAUAAUCUACUCCAGGUUGUUUUACAAAUAUGGAAACUGUCUAGGGGAGUAUUUGCGUGUAGUUAAGCUUGAUUUUUGCUUUUAACUACAAGCUUGUCAUUUUUUAUAUAUGGUGAGCACUUCAGUGGACAAUUGGCAUAUAAAGCCAGUUUGUCAAGCAAGAUGUUUUGACCAGCGACAACCAGUCUCACCAAUCUGAACUAGUCAAUUGCAGCUUAUGCAACAAAAAAUUGACGUUUGAUCACUUUGGUGCUGGCCAUCAGUUUGUGUGCAGCACUGCACUUUAACCCUGGGGAGGUAUUCUGUAUCACUUUUUCACAUGACUUAGCACAGGCUGCAUAGGUGUCUACUGUCAUCAACAGCCUUCCCAGUGCUAUGCUAAAAGGACAGCAUGCUUGUCAUUGUGCAGGAAUGCUCUCGCCCAUCUCGUGCUAGUCAUGCAAAGGCAAGGUUCUGACUGGUGUUGUAUAAGUCACAGGUCGCUUUUUUUCGUCGGGACGAUAGAUUGGUUUUUUUACAAGCACUACUUCAGGAGGGCACAUGUAACCGGCAAACGGGGGCCUCAGGAGAGCACCUUAGGUUAUAAUAAAGCAGGCAGCGCAGGAUCUCCAGGGCACCCAAUAAGUUCGGGCCGCGGAGGCCAAAGCACGUGCCAGGAGUGUACAAGAUCGGCUGUCCGUGGUAGCGGACAACCAAUUGUUUAUACGAACACCCCCUGGCAUGCGCAGGGCUCGGCCUGCCCCACGCCACAGACCAUUCCGGGUUCUAGCUUUGGUGUCCUGUAGGUGCCACCAAUAAUGCGAAAUAAUCACGUUUUAAUUAGUAAAAAAAAACUAUAGUAAAAAACAAACAACUUGUGAAGCUAAGUUCAGCACUACCGCACCCCGCAACUUCUGCAACACCAGUCAGAACUCUGCCAGCAGUUCUACCUGCAUAAGUGAAUGAUUCACUUCCUUAUAUGCAGCAGUAGUUUGUAAGGUAACCAGUGUUUUUACUAUAACUACAUUAAAGAAAUAUAUUGAGAACUUGCUGGUGGUUAGUUCUUGCUCAAACAUAUUGCAGCAAUGUUGCAGUUCCGAGUCGCAUUUUUUUAAAUAAAAGCAUACUUGUCUGUUCU